CGGCGGCGUGUCCUUCAGUCUUCAGAAACGAAAAUCAGGGGUUGACAUGGACUUAAGGGGGAGAUGAGUAUUCGAUGUCCUGCACCAUCCUUUUUGAGGGAUGAAGAAGAGCAACCUCGUUGGCAGUGAACCCCCCUGCCUUCUGCACGUCCCGGAGGCCCUUGAAGCGAUCGUUUCGCCCUCGGAGAAAAGCGGUCAAAGACAGGUGGAUAUCCUCCAAGGCUCUCUUUCCUCUAUCCACAUUUUCGACCUACCAAAAAGGUCGAAACAUCUUUCACUGUCCUCUCGUUUGUCUCAUUUUCUCAACACAUCAUCGCCAUCGCCAUCUGUCGUUCCGGGCGCCCUUUUCGCGAUCGGCCCAAUCCUUCACCGUACGCAAACGCAGCGAAGCCCAAAUACAAGACGAGUGCAUCAGAAGCUGUGACAGUGAAUGGAGUCGCAAAGCUGGAACAUGCAUCGCUACCAGAUGGAGCCUCCCGAGGCUGGUCUGCAAUCGUAUGGGAACAUGCCCUCAAUUGCCUCUAGCAUGUCGAUGGGCCCACCACCCGUUCCGCACCAUCAUGCUCACCACCAUCAUCAUGCUAGCAUGUCAAGUCAUGCAAAUUGGCCCGCUUCAGCACAAUCCUCCUCGCCAGCGUCGUAUUACACAAGCGCUGCUAUUGAAGCUCAAUUGGGUCAGCAACAGCAUGUGCACGCUGCCUCGUCAACAGGGGUUAUAUCGCAUUCUCCGAGUAGCAUGCGAGAUGCUGCACAGGUGCACGAUGAGUCGUCGCAUGCUUUGCCCGGUUACCAUCACAAUGCUCAUCACCAGCACCAACAGCAAGUUCGAUACGCUCAGUCCCACGCCUUGAGCCCAACGACAUCGCUGGAUGUUGUGAACGAUCAAGGAGGAGCCGGCUCACAACCUACGCAGCACGCUCAUUCAGAUGUGACCUCUGCUGCUCCCGUGUCUGGCUCUAGGGAAACGGAUGCUCGAUCUUCUCGCUUGGCAACGACUGCGUCAUCUGUACCCUUGAUGCAGCAGCAUUCUCAGGGAACUCAUGAAGUACCCAUCUUGACCUCCAUCACAACUGCACCGUUUUAUGCAGCUCCAGGACAAGCACUCAUCAUCAAUGCUCAAGGUGCACCACAGCGUGCUAGUUUGACGGCUAGCUUUUCAGGCACGUUCUUCCUAUCGGAUGCAGAGAGUGUCAUUUGCUACCGUCGCAACAUGUUUCAAGUGAAAGCAGCAUUGGUUGCCCCCGCUCUUGAUGUAUGCAAGUACUAUGUUCGAGAUGAUUCUACUGGGUAUGCACAUCUGAUUGCCAACUACAAAGUACAACUGUUGCCCACCAAUUAUGCAGAUGGUUCCAGGAUCGACCUCGUGUCAAAGCCAAACCAUACACUCCUCACGGAUGACGAUCUCAGUAUCUUGACAAAGGGGGAGAAUUGUGGUAGCAUUGGUGAGGAACGUCUGGAUUUUCGUCGCCUCUUGUUUCGUUAUGCAACACAAAACAAUGGUCGUCGCGUUGAACUGCGUCAGUACUACCAACUUCUCCUGGUUGUGUAUGCGCAAACAGUUUCUGGCUUGGAAGUCCCCGUCCUUGCUGCUUUUACGCGACCUAUCGCAGUCAGGGGUCGCAACCCAGCGUUUUACGAGGACAAGUUUUUACCAACGGCUGCUUUACGUCGUCACCGACGGCGUAAGCAACAAUUGCUUGCUCGUCGUAAUGGGCAAGCUGGGCCUGAUCAGCUCGGCGACGACGACGGUGAUGACAGUCUUGAGACGAGCGGGGAGGAAGGUUCCAUGGCGAUGACAUCAGGCAGUACAUUGGCAGGUCUGUCGGGUCAUCCACCAGAGAGACUGCAAACGGCGGAGUAUUCGACAUCCAAUGGCGCACAGACGAUGCAACAAAGUCCCUACCUCCCAGCUCAACCCUUUGUGGCCAUGCAACCACCACCACCGCCACCUCCAGCACAAUCGCCUCGUUACGCCAUGGCUGAAGAAAUGCGUCUUCCUGCUGCACAGCCUUCACCGACAUUUGUUCAGUCCACACGACAGACUCCUGUGCAACAAGCUUAUGAUGAAGGCGCCACUGUGCCACAGGCUUUUGAGAAUGAUGCCGUUCCGCUGACUCAAGCUCACCCUUCGCCGCCGCUGCAGCAGCAGCAGCAGUCGGAGCGUGUUGAAGCGGCAUCGACAGAGACUCAUGGCACGCAAUUACCACAGCUCUCGCAGCUAGCUCAGUUGGCUCAGCUGUCGCAGCUUGCUCUGCCUCAGCAACAGCAGCAACAGCAGCAACAACAACAACAACAACAACAACAACAAGAGCAACAUCAUGCGACUGGGAGUGACAGCGCUUUUGGCUUCAACAACAGCAACAAUACAACCACGUCCCUGCUGAAUGCUCCCGUGCUGCCAUCGCCUGGAUUCAUUCCGUCCAUGGAAGAACAGAAGGCAUCCUUCUCGCCGCUGCGACUCAACACAAAUACAACUUGUACAGCUGAGCAGAUUGAGCUUAGACACUGAAAGAGACACGUACAGAGGACUUUAGACGCAUUGGCUCAUAUGUGACAGAGCCAAGAUUCCAAGUGGCGACAUACAUGAUUUUUCCGUCAUCACAUUCCUACAUCAAUUA